GGCCAAAGUACUAAUGCAUUGCUGGCAUUAUAUAUGGCAAUAAAAGGAGAGGGCGACUCACAGCAAAACGCGCAAGGCUUUUUUGAUGAUCAACGCUAUUUCGAAUAAGGAAACCAGUAGGUCAUGCAAAGCUUGGACACAAAAGGAAGUCCUUCGUUAUGGGAAUACUCGAAAUCGUGCCAUCGACCACAGCGCCAAGUCGAGAAAUAAUGGGCAAGUCGCGCAGGGUGGCUUUCUAAAAUACAUAACACGGCAGAGGAAUCGUGAUAGUCCCGCGACAACGCUUAUUCACGUUGUUUCAACAUAUUCUACUAUGGGAUGGUACCGCAUGGCAAUGCGAGGUACAGACGAGACACAGGACCCCACGAGAACCCGCUCUCCGGAAGUUGGUGCAACAGCGAGAUGGGCUGCAGAGGGCGGCUUUGGCAUUGGCACUCGUAGAUGAGGCUUUUGAUACAGUUCAUGCAUAACUUGUAGACUACUG